CUGCACGUGAAACCAGAAAUGACAAGGACUCCAUCAGAGAAGAAUGCAGAAAAAAUUCAGGUGAACAAUGUGACUGAAAUCACAGUGUUUAUACUACUGGGAUUCACAGAUGACUUUGACAUGAAAAUAUUCUUGUUUAUAUUAUUUCUUGCAAUAUACCUUGUAACUCUGAUAGGAAAUCUGUGCUUGGUUGUAUUGGUCAUUGAGGAUGCACGGCUCCACACCCCGAUGUACUAUUUUCUGACUGUUUUGUCACUGUUGGACGCUUGCUUUUCAACAGUGCUGACUCCCAAAAUGUUGGUCAAUUUUCUUUCAAAGACUAAAUCCAUUUCACUUGUCGGAUGUGCAAUGCAGAUGCUUCUCUUUGUUACAUUUGGAACCACAGAAUGUUUCCUUUUGGCAGCAAUGGCUUAUGACCGUUAUUUGGCAAUCUACAGCCCACUUCUGUAUGCAGUGAGGAUGUCACCCAGAAUCUAUGUGCCACUCAUUGUCGCUUCAUACACUGGUGGAAUUUUACAUGCUACUGUACACACAGUGGCUACUUUUAGCCUUUCUUUCUGUGGAUCCAAUGAAAUUAGGCACGUCUUCUGUGAUAUUCCUCCAUUGCUGGCACUCUCUUGUUCUGACACUCACUUAAAUCAACUUCUUCUCUUCUACUGUGCAGGCUCCAUUGAGCUAGUCACCAUCUUCAUUGUCCUGGUCUCUUAUGGUUUCAUCUUGGUGGCCAUUUUGAAGAUAAAUUCAGCUGAAGGGAGGAGGAAAGUGUUUUCUACAUGUGGAGCUCACCUAACAGGAGUGUCCAUUUUCCAUGGGACAAUCCUCUUCAUGUAUGUGAGACCAAGUUCCAACUACACCCUCGAGCGUGACAUGGUAGUGUCAACAUUUUACACCAUUGUGAUUCCCAUGCUGAAUCCUAUCAUCUACAGUUUGAGAAACAAAGAUGUGAAAGAAGCAAUGAGAAAGUUAUUCAAGAGAAAUUGCUUCAUGAAAAAAAAUACAUUUUAAAAACUGAGUAAACCUAAAGCUAACAU